CGGUUGAUGUGGCACUUCAUUUUUCCCAUGGUCCGAUCUCGCUGAUCCUCCUCUUCUUCUUCUUCCUCUUCUUCUUCCGCUGCUCUUAAAUUCCCUCUCAGUUACUCAAGUUUGAGUCUUGACUGCGAUUUACUCUUCUCGCCAGCGUCAACCGAAACGAAUAAAGAAGAUUAAAACCAGGAAGGAACCUACGAACCCUAACGCAUCCGGAGGUGAAGGAGUUCGCUGUCUCUCCCCCUUUCUCUCUGCCAUGGCGGCCCCGGUCGUCCGCUUUCCGCUGCUCCUCUUCCUUGUUCGGGCCAUGGGCGUUCUGGUCGCAGCGCUGGUUCUAGUGUGGGUUAUGCAUUUUCGUGGAGGGAUGUCGCUCGUCUCCCAGGACAAGUCCCUCAUCUUCAACGUACAUCCUGUACUCAUGGUUAUUGGCCUCAUACUUAUUGGUGGUGAAGGUAUGUUGGCUUACAAGAGUGUUUCGGGUACAAAAAAUUUCAAGAAGGCUGUGCACCUCAUCCUUCAAGCCUUUGCCUUCACUUUGAGCUUACUUGGGCUAUGGGCAGCUUUGAAGUUUCACAAUGACAUGGGAAUUGAUAAUUUUUAUAGUCUGCACUCGUGGCUAGGUGUAGCUUGCUUGAUCUUAUUUGGGAUUCAGUGGGGCGUUGGAUUUGGAACGUUUUGGUACCCUGGAGGUGCAAGAGGCAUCCGAGCUAGUUUACUACCAUGGCAUGUUUUCUUAGGUAUUUACAUCUAUGGCAUGGCUAUAACAGCUGCUGUUACUGGAAUCUUGGAGAAACUCACAUUUCUGCAGGGCAGCAAGACCAUAACUCGUUACUCUACUGAGGCCUUGCUGGUCAACUUGUUAGGUAUUUUAAUUGUGAGUUUAGGAGGAGUUGUAAUUUUAGCUCUUAUUUCUCCUUCAAAUAGCAAAGCAGAUGUACAUCGGGGAACCCCUGAAUAAACGUUCAAUUCUUUAUGGUACUUCCGAUGGCUCCAACGAAUUCUACAGUGAGGUUGUAUAAUUCUGCACUUUCGUGCUGGAAAUAGACUACAUCUGAGUCUCUCCUGGAAGUCAGUGCAGUCUGUCUUAUUUUUCUCUCACCAGCUCCUUUUUCUUUUUUAAUCUGUUACAGUUUAGACAGGUAAAAAGUUAUUUAUACCAGUAUUAUCAGAAAGGAAACUGUUAUUUCAAAUAAUUCAGCCCUCGUACGAGAGCUCUUAUUAAGCUA